AUGGCUGCUGAGAACAAGGAAACCGUUGACGACAUCCAGGUCGAGAGCGCGCCUCAAGUCCAAGCUGACAAGGGUGCUGCUUCUGCGGAUGCCAACGAUGACCUCGUUAAGAAGUUUGCUGGCCAGAAGGGCGCCGCCGCCGAGUUCCUCAAGCAGAUCGAGCAACCCAUCGUCGUGACCCCCGAAGACAACAAGCGCGUUCUGCGAAAGAUUGACUGGCGCAUCCUGCCCAUUAUUCUCUUCGUCUACUGCCUUCAGUCUCUCGAUAAAACAACCCUCUCUUACGCGUCCGUCUUUGGUCUCAUCAAGGACACGAACCUCGUUGGCGAUCAAUUCUCAUGGCUCGGCUCCGUUGUCUACGUUGCCCAGCUGGUCUUUCAGCCUCUGAUUGCCUAUUUUCUCGUUAAGUUUCCCAUUGGAAAGUUUUCUGCUACCAUGGUUUUCCUGUGGGGCGCGGUUCUAUGCUGCAUGGCCGCUAGCCAUAACUUUACUGGCCUCCUGGUAACUCGGCUACUCCUCGGCAGUUUCGAGGCAUCAGUUGCACCCACAUUCGUUGCCGUUGUUCAAAUGUGGUAUCGACGACGAGAACAAACUACGCGUAAUAGUUAUUGGUAUUCGAUGCUUGGAGUACGAAAAAAUUUCAAUUCCUCGUGUUUCAGUUUGCUCGGAAGUUUACUCGCGUACGGCCUCGGACAUAUUCAGUCCUCUCUGCGCCCCUACCAGAUUAUUUUCCUUUUUUGUGGCGCUAUCACCGUCGCUUUCAGUGUUGUGAUGUUUAUCUUUAUGCCAGACUCUCCCAUCACGGCCAAGUUCCUUAACCAGGAGGAAAAACAUGUCGCAGUCGAGCGCCUACGAAUGAAUCAACAGGGAAUUGGCUCUGGUGAAUGGAAAUGGGACCAUGUUAAGGAUGCUGCCCUCGACCCAAAGACCUACCUUUGGUUCUCUCUUAUUUUCCUCAUCUCAAUUCCUAGCGGUGGUAUCUCGACAUUCGGACCUCUGAUCAUCGAGAGUUUUGGUUUCGACAGCUUCACAACCAUCCUCUUCAACAUUCCCUUCGGCGCGGUUCAGAUGAUUGCCACCAUCGGGGGAGCUUUACUGGCUGACAAGAUCCGCAUGAAAUCUCCAGUCCUCCUCCUUCUCUGCCUACCCCCCAUUGCCGGAUGUUCUAUCCUCAUGGCUGUUGGCCGAUCUCCCUCCGAUCGCGCUGUUCUUCUUACUGGAUACUAUAUUGUUUCCUUCUACCCCGGUAUCUCCCCCCUGAUCUACUCUUGGUCUGGCCAGAACACUGGAGGAGACACCAAGCGUAAAGUCACCACCGCCAUUAUCUUUAUUGGACAAUCAGCGGGCAACAUCGUUGGCCCUCUUCUGUUCCGCCCUGCAGAGAAGCCAUACUAUUCUCGUGGUCUCCGGGCUAACCUGGCCAUCUUCGUUGCUUUGGCUGUGGUUGUUGCCCUCGGAAUGCUGCUCAUUAAGAUCCUCAACAAGAGACAAGCCGCUAAGCGUGUCGCUAUGGGCAAGUCUGAGCAUAUUGUCGAUGUCAGUAUGGCUGCAGGAAACGCGAUUGAUAAUGAUGAGAACAAGGCGCAGCAGCUUGUUGACGAGGCUCAAGGCGACAGCGCCUUUGAUGAUAUCACGGACAACAAGAAUGAGGAUUUCAUCUACGUAUACUAG